AAAAACUUACAUUAAUGUUAAACAUGGUCAAAACUAUUGGUACACAUAGCGGUCACUUUCAUUGUGAUGAAGCUUUGGCUGUUUCUUUAUUGAAGAAGACCAAGGAAUUCAAGGGAGCCAACUUGGUGCGUACCCGUGAUGCUACCAAAUUGGCUGAAUGUGAUAUUGUAGUUGAUGUCGGAGGUGUGUAUGACCCUGCUACCCAUAGAUAUGAUCAUCAUCAACGUGGAUUCACAGAGACUUUUGAUGAUAAGCAUGAGACCAAGUUGAGUUCUGCCGGUUUGGUCUACAAGCACUUUGGUAAGGAAGUUGUGAUGAACCUCCUUGGUAAAAGUGAGAUUGAUGACGAUGUGAACAUGCUUUAUCAAAAGACCUACCAUGGUUUCGUUGAAGCUUUAGAUGCUAAUGACAAUGGUAUCAGUGCUUACCCCAACAACAUCAACCCUCUUUACAAGGAAUCCCCCACCAGCAUCUAUCACAGAGUCGCCAAGAAGAACCCUACCUGGAAUAUCCCCAUGACCGAUGUUGAGAUUGAUGCUCGUUUUGUUGAAGCCUCCGAUAUGGCUGGUGCUGAAUUAGAUGACUAUGUUUUAGGUCUCAGCAACAACUGGUUGCCCGCUCGUUCUCUUGUGGUGGAUGCCCUUGAUAAGGCUUCGGAGAUCAACGCUUCUGGCCGUGUUAUUGCUCUUGAGCGUGCCUGUCCCUGGAAGGAGCAUUUAUUGGAUCUUGAAAAGGAACGCGGUUUGACCGGUGAUAAAUCCAUCUUGUACGUUCUUUACCCUGAAUCUUCCCCCGAAGGCAACUGGCGUAUUCAGUGUGUUCCCCUUCGUGCUGAAGGCUUUGAGAACAGAAAGAGUUUGCCUGAAUCUUGGAGAGGUUUCCGUGAUGAUGAAUUAAGCCGUAUCUCAGGUGUGGAAGGCGGUAUCUUCAUUCAUGCUGGUGGUUUUAUUGGUGGUAACAAGACCCGUGAUGGUGCUUGUCAAAUGGCCAAACUUGCUUUGGAAUUGUAAAUAAUUAUAAAAAUAAAAACUUCUAAACCAUACAGGUAUCUACAGUUAUAAAAU